UUGCAAUUCUCAUGCCCAUCUCAUGGAAAUGAUAAAGAUGAUUAUCGAUUAGUUAUCAUCGGCUCAUCUAAAGUGGGUAAAACGGCGAUAAUCAAACGAUUCUUAUAUGAUUCUUUUCUGAAUGAACAUAAUCCAACAGUUGAAGAGCUCCACAAAAGUGAAUAUGAGAUUAAAGAGGUUGGAACGGUUUCCGUUGAGAUAUUGGAUACGAGUGGAACAUUUUCAUUUCCAGCGAUGAGAAGACUCGCAAUUAACUCUGGAAGUGCGUUCAUCUUAGUUUAUGCCAUUAACGGCAAAGAAUCAUUCGAAGAGGUGACACAAUUAAGAGAAAUGAUAUCAAAGGCAAAAGGUUCAUGCAACACCACAAACAACAACAACAUUCAAAAUUCAUCACCAAUUAAUGAUUAACAAAUUAACAACAAGUUACAGACUAAUCAGCCCAUUCAAGUACCAAUUGUAAUCGCUGGUAAUAAGAUUGAUCUUACCGAAAGUCGAGUUAUAUCAAAAGAAAUGGUUGAAUUUGAGUAUUAAUCGACGAGUGAUCACUAAUAAGUGUCUCUUAAUUGUUAUAAUUGCCAUUGAGAUGGCGAUAUUAGCUUGCCUUAUUUUUUGGAAGUUUUUAGAUAAUUUAGACUCAAAAUCAAUCAGUUUGAUAUUGAUCAAUUUUCUGUUACUAAUUCAACUUUCCAAUUGUGAUCUCAAUCAAAUAUUUACAUACAUAUUUAACCAAAUGUUAUAUUUUAUCAUCAACUGAUUGCUGUCACAAAACAAUCAAGAAACAGAUUAUGAUUAUAUUUCAAAUUAUCUGCUAUUUACAUUCAAAAACAAAAAAGAUUGAAACUUUUGUUUAAUUGUU